CCUCUGUGUUGAGGCGUGAUGGGGAACCAGCUGGCGGGCAUCGCCCCGUCCCAGAUCCUGUCCGUGGACAGCUACUUCUCCGACAUCCACGACCACGAGUACGACAAGAGCCUGGGCAGCACGCGCUUCUUCAAGGUGGCCCGGGCCAAGCACCGCGAGGGCCUGGUGGUGGUCAAGGUCUUCGCCAUCCAGGACCCGUCGCUGCCGCUGACCAGCUACAAGCAGGAGCUGGAGGAGCUGAAGAUCCGGCUGCACUCGUGCCAGAACUGCCUGCCGUUCCAGAAGGCCUCGCUGACGGAGAAGGCGGCCAUCUUGUUCCGCCAGUACGUCCGCGACAACCUGUACGACCGCAUCAGCACGCGGCCCUUCCUCAACAACGUGGAGAAGCGCUGGCUGGCCUUCCAGAUCCUCAACGCCGUGGACCAGGCGCACCGGGCCGGCGUCCGCCACGGCGACAUCAAGACGGAGAACGUGAUGGUGACCAGCUGGAACUGGGUGCUGCUCACCGACUUCGCCAGCUUCAAGCCCACGUACCUGCCGGAGGACAACCCCGCCGACUUCAACUACUUCUUCGACACGUCGCGGCGGCGGACGUGCUACAUCGCGCCCGAGAGGUUCGUGGACGGCAGCAUGUUCACCACGGAGAGCGACCAGAACACGCCGCUGGUGGACCUGACCAGCAACAACCAGCGGGGACGAGGGGAGCUCAGACAGGCCAUGGACAUUUUCUCCGCAGGCUGUGUGAUCGCCGAGCUCUUCACCGAGGGCGUCCCCCUCUUCGACCUGUCCCAGCUGCUGGCGUACCGGAAAGGCCACUUCCAGACGGAGCACGUCCUCCUGAAGAUCGAGGACCGCGGCGUCCGAGAGCUGGUGGCCCAGAUGGUGCAGCGGGAGCCGGAGAAGCGUCUGACAGCGGAGGAGUACCUGAAGCAGCAGCGAGGGAAGGCCUUCCCCGACAUCUUCUACACCUUCCUGCAGCCGUACAUGGCCCAGUUCGCCAAGGAGACCUUCCAGUCGGCCGACGAGCGCGUGCUCGUCAUCCGCAAAGACCUGGACAACAUCCUGCACAACCUGCGGGGGGGUGAGACUGGACCUGGGGUCUUACACUACUUGCCGACCAUGUGGGAGAAGAUGUUUCUGCUGCUGCUCCACAGCGUGGAAGCCGUCGUUGCGUCCCAGUGCUGGCAGGGGGCCACCUUCUCCGAGGCCGUGGUGUCUCCGGCGGUGGAGGGCAGCGGGAUCCUGCGGGUCCCCGGCGUGUCGUCCCUGCUGGAGUGCGUGGCGGCGUGCUGCGACCUCCCGGGCUACGACCUGGCCUGGCUGUUCCAGGGCCGCUGCUACGUCCUGAGCUGCCAGCAGAGGGACAGCUGUCGUCCCCAACAACGGCCCGGCGCCGACUCCUUCCUGGCCUUCCUGCGGAGGGCGUCGCCGCAGACGCUGGUGUUGCAGUCUCUGGUGAGAGGAGAGCCCUACGCCGGCCGCUGGAGGCCCUUCUUGCAGCCUUCCGAGGCCCCCGGGGACCUGGAGGCCCUGAAGGACCUGGCCCUGUUCGACGGGGCCCUGCAGGACUUCUCCGACCCCGGCACGCUGGAUUUGGAGUAUCCAGAGGGGAGCCAGAAGGAGAGGGACGACCCCGCCUCGGAGGCUGAGACGACGACCGUUCAGCCAUCCUUAAAGGGAAGAGACGGGUCCAACCAAUCAGAGGCAGAGGACAGUCCAGAGACGGGGGGGACAGAGACCAGCGGGGCCCAGAAUAAAGCCUCCUCCGGGGGGAACGUCAGUCAGGGGGACAAGGGCGAAACCGGGAGACCAACUGAUCCUGCUGCUGCUGGGGAGCACACUACCGAGCCACAAGGCGGCGCUGAUGCAACGUCGCUGACUCUCUCACCGCUACAGAAACCAACAGCUGUCUCCGCCCAACAAGAACCCAGAAGGACUUCCCUUCCCACCCCUGCCACGCCCCCGCCAGCCCGACCCCUGGUGGCGUCCCCUGGAAACCCUGUAGAGCAACCAGCCCGACCCCUGGUGGCGUCCCCUGGAAACCCCGCAGGGCAACCAGCCCGACCCCUGAAGGCGCCGCGCAGGUGCCAGUCGUUCUUGUCGUUGAGGAAGGUGAUCAUGUGGGACAGCAGCACGUCGUUGGCUUUCUGCCGGCCGAAGAAGACGCAGAGCCGCGUGAUGCCGUUCUCCAUCAGCGACUGCUUGACGAUGUUCUCCGAGUCGCUCAGCAGCGUCACCACCUUCUGCUGCACCAUCUCAUGCAGCGCCUGCAGCUCUGGGAGCAUGAAUGGAACCGUCACUACCCCAUGGACGAGCAGCGGCACCAUGGCCUGCUGGGAUAUGCGGUUCCAGCUCCCCAUCUCUAACCACUCCCACCCUGCCCGAGCACGAAUCAGACGGCUGCUGAUGCAUCCUCUCUACCAAUCGUCUGUCAUCGCAGCUGUCCAGGGGAAUAAUGAAGUGUCCAUGUGGGACAUGGAGACCGGAGAUCGUAAGUUCACCCUGUGGGCGAGCUCUGCCCCCCCCCUCUCUGAGAUGCAGCCGUCUCCUCACAGUGUCCAUGGGAUCUACUGCAGUCCCGCUGACGGGAACCCUCUGCUGCUGACCGCGGGAUCCGACAUGCGGAUCAGGUUCUGGGACCUGGCGUAUCCGGAGCGCUCGUACAUCGUGGCGGGCGGAGCCAACGACUCGCUGCACUGCCCCUCGGUCCUCUACAGCAGGAAGAUCAUCGAAGGGACCGAAGUUGUCCAGGUGGGUGCACACACUCUGCACACAAACUCU